CAUCCAUCUAUACCCAAACAACUAUCUUCAGAAUCUUCUAUAAUCUUCCAAAUGGCCCGUACUAAGCAAACAGCCCGUAAAUCUACAGGCGGCAAGGCUCCCCGGAAGCAGUUGGCAACGAAGGCUGCUCGAAAGUCUGCUCCGGCAACCGGCGGUGUGAAGAAGCCCCACAGGUUCAGACCAGGAACUGUUGCUCUUAGGGAAAUCAGGAAGUAUCAGAAAAGUACAGAGCUUCUGAUUCGAAAGCUUCCUUUUCAGCGAUUGGUUCGAGAGAUCGCGCAGGACUUCAAAACAGAUCUGAGAUUCCAGAGCAGUGCUGUCUCGGCUCUUCAGGAAGCUGCUGAGGCUUAUUUGGUUGGACUCUUUGAAGACACUAACCUCUGUGCAAUUCAUGCUAAGAGAGUCACCAUUAUGCCUAAGGAUAUUCAACUUGCCAGAAGAAUCAGGGGCGAAAGGGCCUAUACUCAACCAACACACAACCCUUCCAGAAGCUUCCAAAUGGCACGUACAAAGCAAACGGCCCGCAAGUCCACCGGUGGCAAGGCUCCCCGGAAGCAGUUGGCCACAAAGGCUGCUCGGAAAUCUGCUCCGGCAACCGGCGGUGUGAAGAAGCCCCACAGGUUCAGACCAGGAACCGUUGCUCUGAGGGAAAUCAGGAAGUACCAGAAGAGCACAGAGCUUCUGAUCCGAAAGCUCCCCUUCCAGCGUUUAGUUCGUGAAAUUGCUCAGGACUUCAAGACGGAUCUGAGGUUUCAGAGCAGUGCCGUUUCGGCCCUUCAGGAAGCCGCUGAGGCUUACCUGGUUGGACUCUUUGAAGACACUAAUCUCUGCGCCAUUCAUGCUAAGAGGGUCACCAUCAUGCCUAAGGACAUUCAACUUGCUCGUAGAAUCAGAGGCGAAAGGGCUUAAUUUUAAACAUUGUGUUAUUACUUGUUGCUUUUAGGGUUUGUGUGUUUUUCUUCAGUCUUUUGUGGUUUCUAUGUGUGCAUCUUAGAAUCUGGAGUUGGUGACUUCUUCCAUUGACACCCUUAUGUACUUAAUCAUGUUACAUAAUUUUAGUUUUCAAAUAUUUGUCUCGAGCAUCUUUAAUUUUGUUUUUA